GUUAAUUCAUCAGGCUUGGCACUGCUGUCUCAGUCAUGGCGAAGAUUCCUCUGCUAGAGUGUUUGACUCGGCAGAGCUACCGAGAAAGCCUGGAGAAGUCCAGCUCCCCUCACCCAAGAACCACAGAUGAAGAAGACGAGAAUGAGGAUGAAGAAGUAGGAGAAACAUCCACCCAGUCCGCAAUCCUCUGUCCCGCUGACAGCCAGAAGAAUCGAAAGUCAUUCUCGCCGGUCUCUGCUUCAGGAGAAGCGUCGUCCCAGGCAUCCUCCUCUCCUCAGGACAGACUGAAGAGCAGCUGUAGUCUAAAAGCAGCUCUAGAGGAAGAGGAGGAGUCUCCAGAGAGGGGAGCCACACCUUCUUUUAAUGUCACGCUGUUGGAUUGGAUCAACGUUCAGGACAGACCUAACGAUGUAGAGUCAGUAGUGAGGAAGUGUUUUGACUCAAUCAACAGGCUCGACCCACGAAUGAUCCAACCCUUUCUAACUGAAUGCCGCGAGACGAUUACCAAAUUGGAUAAUCAGAACAUGAAGGCCAUCAAAGGUCUUGAGGACAGAUUGUAUGCUCUCGACCAAAUGAUAGCAAGCUGUAAACGGUUGGUCAAUGAACAGCAGGAACUUGCUCAGGGAUUUCUUGCCAAUCAGAAGAGGGCUGAAAACCUGAAGGACACCUCGGUGCUGCCUGACCUGUGUCUGAGUCAUGCCAAUCAGCUGAUGAUCAUGCUAACCAAUCACAGGAAGCUACUAGACAUCAAGCAGAAAUGUACCACUGCCAAACAGGAGCUCGCCAACAACCUUCAAGUUCGACUCAAAUGGUGCUGCUAUGUGAUGCUUCACGCUGAUCAGGAUGGAGAGAAGCUGCAGGCUCUCCUGAGGCUGCUGACGGAGCUGCUGGAGCGCGUGCGGGUGGUGGAGGCGCUCAGCACUGUGCCACAGAUGUACUGUCUCGCCGUAGUGGAGGUGGUCAGACGCAGAAUGUUCAUAGGACACUACAGACAAUGGGCCAGUGCUCUUGUCAAAGAUGGGAAAAACCUCUAUGAGGCAGAAAAAGUAAAAAGGGAAACAUUUGGGAAGCUCUUCAGGAAAUCGUUCCUCAGAAACCGGUUGUUUCGAGGACUGGACUCAUGGCCACCCUCUUCGUUUUGCACCCGAAAGCCUCGAAAGUUUGACUUUGAGCUUCCAGAUAUUUCCCUGAGUGACCUGCAGUAUCUCAAGUCCUGUUGUCCUUCCGAGGUUCAGCCUUACCUCAGGGUCCCCACACUGUGUGACUUUGAGCCUCUUAACCAGCAUGUUGAGGUUCUCCAUCAGCUGGUUCAGGCUGCGCAGAGUGUGGACGAGAUGUCAAAAACUAUCACACACCUACUAAAUGAACAAAAGAUUUCCUUUAGCCAGAGUGCUCAAAGAUCCACCGCAUUAACACCCAGAUCUGAAAGCACAACUGAAAUCACCUCUACCUCCACCAAAACUUUGUCCACUCUCAGUUUAAAAGCACCGGACUGCCAACCCCUGGCGCUUCCUGGUCCCUUGGAGGACCUAUCACCCGACAGCAUAGAUGCCCAGACCUUUGACUUUGAAACCAUUGGGCACCCCAAUAUGGAUCCUGUAUUACAGCAAGGCUCUUUGGACUUGGACUCAUUGGCAGAAAGUCCUGAGUCGGAUUUCAUGUCAGCAGUUAAUGAGUUUGUUAUUGAGGAGAACUUGAUGUCACCUAAUCCCAUCAGUGAUCCCACAAGCCCAGAGAUGAUGGUGGAGUCUCUUUAUUCCUCCGUCAUUAAUGCAAUCGAUAGCAAGCGUAUACAGGACACUACUACACUUGAGAAGGAAAAUUCAAAGAUUGCAGUACUCAAGCUGUCAGCAGACAGGUACCGUUCUGCUGCGGAAGAGUCCCAGAACAAUUUGAGGAAAGUUAAAGAAGACCUUUAUCACUUUCGAGGUCUUGUUCUGAAAGAGCAAAGAGACUUUGGAUUCGCCCUGAAAACAAUGACCAUUGAGGUCCGAAACACUCUCAACAGUGUCAGAUACUGUCACGAGGAGGAGCUAAGAGAAACACAACAAACCAAUCUCCAGAGUUUGAAGGACGAUCAUGAAAAGCAGAUGCAAACCCUGCUGGAAGAGCUGGAAGGCAAUCAGAAGAUUGUUCGAGACAUCCAGAGAGCAAUGCUGGAAUUGGAGGGGCUCGUGGAGCGCAAGGAGAAGGAAAUAUCCCAGCUGGAGAGUGAGAGGGAACGCUCUAUGCAAGAACUUCAAGAUCUUCACAAGCAAACUGUGCAGGACCUUGAGGAGAAGAUCUUGAAGCAAAGUGAAGAACUGAAAGCUACAUUGCUGUCCAAGGACGAACUCGCUGGGCAGCUGGAGAACCUUCACUUUGAGAUCGAGCACGGCCAACAGAAAAUCAGACAGGAGAUGGAGAAGGCAGAGAAGGUGCACCUUCAGGAACUGGAGACAUGGUUGAAACAACAACAUGAAGCAGAGCUGGAAUCUCUCAGAUUGGAAAAAAAAAGUGCACUUGACAAACUUGUCCAGGAGAACCUGGUGAAGCUAAGAGAUCUCAUGGAUUCCCAUUCUGCCGAACUCAAGGACCGCGAGGGACGCUUGAAAGACUUGGAGGCUCGCAUUACUGAACUUGCGGACGCCCGCUGCAAACUGGAAGUGGAGAUGGCUCUUAAAGAGGCUGAAAUGGAGGACAUGAGACUCCAGUACGAGGAGGCCAAAAACACCCAAGAGGAGGUGUUGAAAGCGGAGCUUACUACCCAAACAACCACCUUGCAGACGCAAAUCGACAUGUUGAACAAGCAGCUCCAGCAGAAGAAUGAAGAGUACGAGGUGGGCCUGGCCGAGCUCCGAGCGCUCAUGAGGUUGGAGAAGGACCACUGCAUCUCUGAACUCGUGGAUCGGCACGAAGAAGAGAGCACCCUGCUCCGCCAAGAGUUUUCAGCACUCAAGCAGAAAUCGCAGGACGCAGAGAAAGACUGCGAGAAACGAGUCCAGAAGAUCCAGCACGAUCACCAGAACCAGCUUGAUGCCUUACAGAGGGAAAAGGAGUAUGAGCAGAGGGCUUUCCAGGAGAAAGAGCGAGAGCUAUCGACUGUUAUCGGAGACCUGCAGGCGGAAAACACACUACUGUCAGGAAGACUGGAGCAGGAGAGGGUGGAGGCCCUGCAGAGGGCAGAGAAGGAGAAAGAGCAGGCAGUCAAAGCUGCAUUACAAGAGGCCUUAAGAGACUUUCAACUCCAAAAAGAGGAGACUGAGACAAGACUGUUAGGACAAAUUGAACUACUUGAAAAUCAGCUUAAAGAAAGACAGUCCACUGACACAGUGGCAGCUACUGUAGAAAAGACAGAGACUGGUUUGGAGACCAGCACUGCAUUGUCACUGGACAGUGGCCAGUGGACCGAGGAAAGGGCAUCGCUCCUGGCCCAACUAGAGCUCCUGGAACGCACAAAGAACGAGGAGAUGCAGAACCUGAAGACCUCGCUCAUUGCUGAGCAGCAGACAAACUUCAAUACUGUUGUGACCCGGGAGAAACUAAAGAAAGAACAAAUCAUCAAUGAUCUCACUGAGAAGCUCAAAAACUUGACGCAGCAACAAGAAAAAGAUAAAGGCCUGAUCGAAACGCUCUCCGAGGACCGUGCCUCCAUCCUUCAGGAGAAGAAGCAGAUGGAGGAGGAACUCAACCGUCUGCGAAGCACCGUCCUCGUCUCUUCAUCCUUCUUUCCGCCCAAUCCCAUCCCAGUCUUCACGGAAGCUCACGGCGCCUGUGGCCCCACCCAUGCUGAAGCGCUCUCGCCGUCCACCCCUGAUCCAGAGAGAUUGGCGUCCACGGCUGCAUUCAAGGACGAGGAGAGGGUGGAGUCGGCCGUGGAGGCCAGCAUGAUGACAGUGCAUGACAACCCUAUGCUGUCUGAAGAGAAACAGCGCAUACUGAUUUUGGAAAGGACCUUACACAUGAAGGAGGAAGAGAACAAAAGACUUAGUCAAAGAUUGAUGUCACAGAGUAUGUCGUCCGUCUCGUCACGGCACUCGGAGAAAAUCGCUAUUCGAGAUUUUCAGGUGGGCGACUUGGUUCUCAUAAUCCUGGACGAAAGGCACGAUAAUUACGUUCUCUUCACUGUUGGUCCCACCCUUUAUUUCCUGCACUCAGAGUCUCUCACUGCACUGGACCUCAAACCAGCGACAGGAGCAACAAGACGGCCAUGGGUUCUAGGAAAAGUCAUGGAGAAGGAAUAUUGCCAAGCCAAAAAGGCCCAAAACCGGUUCAAAGUUCCUCUCGGCACUAAAUUCUACAGAGUAAAGGCCGUGCCUUGGAACAAGAAAGUGUAAUCGUGUACAAAUUGAUCAUAUUGUAAUGAGCUCAUUAUGUUUUUAUUGCUUUUUUUAAGCAGACUCGCUUAGUUUUGUCAACAUCAGAAGACAAAAUCGUUUUCCCCCUUUUUUUUUUUUUUUUGCCUCUGUUGCAAACCAUUUUAUCUAAUUUUUUUAUACACAGAGGAUUUGUAAAUGUGGACCAAAUGAUUCUAACUUUAUCGGGGCAUUGCCUCCUCCUACGAUGGCUCUGAAGCUGUCACUACAAGUCUGUAAAAUGAACAAAAUGUAUUUGGAUGUUACAUAUUAGUUCAUCAUUAAUAUUAUGGUCGGGUUAGGGGG